AUAACAAAAUCCAACCAAGUCCAAUCCUUUAAUUGCUUACACCAAAUGGACAGAAUCUUGCCAGACUAAAGCAAUAACCUUGUAACCUAACAGCUAUAUCCUAUUCUAGGUUUAUGUACAUUCCAGUGCUUUAGAAGAGCACCAAAGCUGUGCUUAAAAAUGGUCGGAAUAACAGAUGAAAGGAGGGGUGCAAUGCAAUAGCAGAACUUUUAAGGCAAAGUCACCACAACCUUGCCUUAAAAAACAAAACAAAACUUCACGCUAGACAGCAUUGUCUCACUCAAAGUCCUUGUGUCUUGUUCUUCUUGUUAUUCCCCCAUCUUUUUUUCUCUUUUCUUUUUUACUUUGCAGGUUCCCUGCGAGCAAAAAUCUGUCUCUUUGCUCUGUUUUAAAGCUUUGCAUCUAUCUACUCCACAUGGGGAACAGGCUGCCAUAAAUAGGAAGGCUGGAGAACAUCACCCCAGUCCAAGAUUGGGAAAAGUUAGCAUAGGACUCCAGGUUGAAACUGCUCAUCAGUACGUUCAAUAAUCCUCAGUAAGGACACCUGGAGUAACCCAACCUUUCUUAUUGCCCAUGGAGAGGAAGUGGCAAGAUCUGUAUGCAGGGGAGUUAUCAUCACAACCCCCCUGCUCUCUCUCACAAUGGGUUUGGCCUGCUCUGGGUCCUGAAUCCCUGAGCCCAGGCGUCUGGUUGCUAAGUGACUAUUCUAGAACUCGCAGGUUCUAUGACACUUCUCUGCGAUUCUGACACCAUCCACGUCACAGCCCCUUCCCAGGCCCACCUGGACUGCGCAAUUUGAAGAUCGCUCUACCAAUCUUUCCCCAGUUCCUGUGAGGAGCCUGCAGUGGGCAUCUGCCCCACAUGGAACUGACAUCCCUAAAGGGAGAGAGAUAUGAGCCAGCCUAUCCUGGCUUUAUUUCUUUAUCUCGUGCUGGUUUUGGAAGGUGGUAAUGGAAGUUUCUUCAAGCCUCUCACCUGCCGACUGGAAUCCACAGCAAAAAAAAUCUGUGGUGGUGAAGCCGAGAUUUUCUAUCCUCACCAAUGCUUACUGAAAGGAUGCUGUUACAAGAAUAACUCCUGCUACUUCCACGUUCUUGAUGUUGAUAAACAACGCCGGAAUGCAGGCAUCCUUGGAGGCAUCCUUAUAAUUAUGACCAUCACCAUGUGCAUCUUUUUCUGCUGGAAGUUUAAAGAGUUGCAGCGGAAGGAAAAAAUGUCUCGGACGUCACGAGGUGGGAGUGAAAUGGCCGAUUACUUAGUCAAACUCUUAGAUGAGGAAAGCGAGGCUGACGACUACAAGGGACAUGAGUUACUAGAUUCCUGGGCCCAAGGAAGUUACUCACCCGAGCCAGGAGGAGGAAAAGGAGGACUAGCAGAACAACAGUGGAGUCCAGAGCUGGGCUCUGAAGCCAGUCCUGAACCUAUGCAACCGGUGGAACCAGAACCACCAAAGCCAGAAGCAGCACCUGCAGCAGGAACAUCGGCCCCUUCGGAGCCCCCACCCCCUCCAGCACCAGCACCCCCACCGUCAGAAGCAGCACCCCCACCCCCUCCUCCAGAAGGAGCACCACCCCCACCCCCACCCCCAUCUGGAGAACCAGCACCGGCACCACCGCCGGCGCCACCAUCUGGAGAUUCAGGAGGUGCUCCUCCUCCUCCACCACCACCACCACCUGGAGAACCUCCACCUGCUCCCCCACCUCCUCCACCAGCAGAACCUCCCCCGGCCCCUCCCCCUCCCCCUUCCUAG